AUGACCUCCACCCUCAGGGCCCUGCUCUGCCUCGGGCUGAGUGUGGGCCUCAGGACCCCAGUGCAGGCAGGGACCCUCUCGGAUGAGCCCCUCCCCAAGCCCACCAUCUGGGCUGAGCCAGGCCCUGUGAUCUCCUGGGGGAGUCCCGUGACCAUCUCCUGUCAGGGGACCCAAGGGACUAAGGAGUACCAUUUUGAGAAAGAGGGAAGCCCACCAUCAUGGAAUAAUCAGAAGCCACAGCAGCCUGGGGACAAGGCCAAUUUCUCCAUCACACACAUGACAGACAAUGAUGCAGGGAUAUAUCGCUGUUACUAUCUCAGCCACACUAACUGGUCAGAGCGCAGUGACCCCCUGGAGCUGGUGGUGACAGGUGAGUCUGGGAAGCCCUCCCUCCUGACCCAGCAGGGCCCCAUCGUGGCCUCUGGACAGAGCCUGACCCUCCAGUGUGGCUCUGAUGUCGGCUAUGACAGAUUCGCUCUGCACAAGGAGGGGGGACAGGACCUCCCCCAGAGCCUUGUCCUGCAGCCCCAGGCUGGGCUCUCUCAGGCCCACUUCCCCCUGGGCACUGUGAGCAGCUCCCACGGCGGCCGGUACAGAUGCUACGGUGGAUACAACCUGUCCUCUGAGUGGUCGGCCCCCAGUGACCCCCUGGACAUCCUGGUGGCAGGACAGCUGUCUGACACACCCUCCCUCUCGGUGCAGCCAGGCCCCAGGGUGGCCUCAGGAGAGAAUGUGACCCUGCUGUGUCAGUCACAGAGCCAGAGGGACACGUUCCUUCUGUCCAAGGAGGGGACAAUCCCCGAUCCCUCCCUGCGUCUGAGAUCAGAGCACCGAGCGCAGCAGUACCAGGCAGAGUUCUCCAUGAGUGCUGUGACGUCAGCCCACGAGGGCACCUACAGGUGCUACAGCUCACGUAGCUCCUCCCCCUUCCUGCUGUCAUACCCCAGUGAGCCCCUGGCGCUCCUGGUCUCAGGAGACGUCCCCAGACCCUCCAUCUGGGCUGACCCAGGACCCAUCGUCACCAAGGGGAGCUCUGUGACCAUCUGGUGUCAGGGGUCUCUGCAGGCUAGUGCCUACCUUCUGUAUAAAGAGAGGCGCUCUGAGCCCUGGGAAACGAGGAUCCCACAGAACUCCAGCGACAAGGCCGGUUUCCUCAUUGGAGCCACGACCCAAUCCCACGCAGGGCUGUACCAGUGUGCAUAUUACACCACUGAGGACAUACUGUCAGAGCGGAGUGACUCCCUGCUCCUGGUGGUGACAGGAGUGGGCGGUGCACCUUCCCUCUCAGUCCACCCAAGCCCUGUAGUGGCCUCAGGAGGGAACGUGUCACUCUCCUGCAGCUCACAGUUCAAAUCGGGCCCCUUCCAUCUGCUGAAGGAGGGAGGGGCUGACCUGCCCCAACACAUGGGAUCAGAAUGGAGGAAGCAUGCUGGGAGGUGGAGGGCCAUCUUCCCUCUGGGCCCCGUGAGCCCCUCCCAUGGGGGGACCUACAGAUGCUAUGGUUCUCGCAGCUCCAACCCCAACGUGUGGACACAGCCCAGUGCCCCUCUGCACAUCGAGGUCACAGGUGUGCACAGGGAGCCCGCCCUCUCGGCCCAGCCAGGCGCACUGGUGCUGCCUGGACACAGCCUGACCCUCCGGUGCCACGCGGAGGCCGGCUUUGACAGAUUCGCGCUGACCAAGGAAGGGGGCCUUACACACCCCCAGCGCCUCGAUGGGCAGCGCAGCCCCAACUUCACCCUGGGCCCCGUGAACCGCACCCACGGGGGCCGGUACAGAUGCUACAGUGGACACCACGGCUCCUCUGCGUGGUCGGCCCCCAGCGCCCCCCUGGACAUCCUGGUGGCAGGAAUGUACAGAAAACCCUCCCUCUCAGCCCAGCCGGGACCCUCGGUGACCAGGGGAGUGACCGUGACCCUGCGGUGUGGGUCUGAGAUCUGGUUGGACACCUUCCACCUGCACAGGGAGGGGUCACUGGACCCUCCCCAGCACCUUCUUCUGCACAACACGUCUGCACCCGCUCAGGCCACCUUCACCCUCAGUCCUGUGAGCUCAGGCCACCAGGGGACCUACAGGUGCUAUGGCUCCAACAGCUCCUCCCCCUACCUGCUGUCACAGCCCAGUGACCCCCUGGAGCUGCUGGUCUCAGCAUGGGCCGCACACACAGUAGGGGCUCAUUUGUUACGUCAUUGGCUCAUUCAUGGCAUCACUUGUGUUCAAGAUCUCAACUGGAACCUGAUCAUCCUGAUCGGGGUCUCGGUGGCCCUCAUCCUGCUGCUCUUCCUCCUUCUCUUCCUCUUCCUCCGAUUCCGGCGUCACAGCAGAGGCAGGACAUCGGCAGAUGCUUCUGUGAAGGACCCGCAGCCUGGAGAGAGCGUGGAGCUGGACCCUCAGAACAGGCAGGAUGAAGACCCCCAAGGAGUGACCUACACCCAGGUGAAUUGUUCAAGACCAAGACCCAGGCAGGGAAAGGCCGCCUCUCCUUCCUCCCUGCCAGGGGAACUGCUGGACACAAAGGGCAGACAAGCAGAAGAGGACAGACAGACGGACAGUCCGGCUGCACCUGACGACUCCCAGGAUGUGACCUACGCCCAGCUGAACCUCUUGGCCCUUAGACGGCAGACAAGUGUACCCCCAUCCUCCCCAUCAGAGGAGCCCCCAGAAGAGCCCAGCUUGUACGCUGCUCUAGCCUUCCACUAGCCCAGCAAGGACCCAGACCCCACACUCCAGGGAGGGGACCUGCGGAACCCCAGAAAGCAUGGGUACUAGUGACCGCAGCCAGACUGGAGACCACACGGGCUCCCCCGGCAGCUCCUGGGACCCUCUGGGAGUCACCCGGUUCUAUAAGCAAUAUGCCUACAUUGUGGAAUCAAAGCCAGACUUCUCAAUAAUCAAUGUGUGCAUUUAGAACAAAACAGAAGAGAGAGGAUGCUUUAAGUGAAUGACAAUGUAAAUAUCAUUCAUCAAACUAUGAAAUGGAACAUAGGAACAACCUAUGUGUCCUCGAACUGAUAAUGGGAUAAAGAUGUGGUAACUAUACAAACAGAAUAUUUCUCAGCCAUAAAACAUGGAAUACUGCCAUUUGCCACAACAUGGAUGGAUCUGGAGAGCAUCCCGCUAAGUGAGGAAAGUCACACAGAAAAGGACAAGAACCGUAUGAUUUCACUCAUGUGGGUGAAGUAUGAAACUCGGAACUGUCAUGUAUGUUAAAUACAUUGAAGCUGUAAUUAAAAACUUUCCUGCAGCCCUAGCUGCUGUGUCUCAGUGGAUAGAGCAUUGGGCUGCGGACUGAAGGGUCUCAGGUUCGAUUCCAGUCAAGGGCACAGGCCUGGGUUACGGGCACGAUCUCCAGUGGUGAUUCUCAUCAUUGAUGUCUGUAUCUCUCUCUCACUCUCCCUUCCUCUCUGAAAUCAAUAAAAAUAUUUUUUUAAACUUU